UCCCCUGUGCCUCGGUGGCUGCGGUGGUGGCAGCGUUUGGGAGCGCGGUGGGAAUGGCUGAGGGGGGGGCGGCCGUGACGUCAUCGGAGCUGACGUCAGAGGGGGUGACGUCAUCGGCGGCCAUGACGGAGGAGGAGCUGCGGCAGCUGAAGCUGGCUCUGGUGUCGGCCGCCUGCUCGGCCCUGCAGUGCGACGGCGCUGAGCUGCAGCAGCGCCUGCGGGACCUCAGUGCUGCGGUGGCGCCGCACAGCCCGGAGUUCCUGCUGCAGGUGGCCCUGUACACCCGCCGCCAUCUUGCCCUGCGCUCCGUGAGCUGCUUCCUUCUGGCGCUGGCGGCCAUCUUGGCGCCAUGCCGCCCCCACCUGCGCCGUUACUUCGGGGCCAUCGUCCGCCUGCCCAGUGAUUGGGUGGCCGUGCCGCGCUUCUUCCAGGUGGGGCUGACCCCAAAACCCCCC